CCUGCCUCACCCGCCCUGCCCCAGUGUGGUGUGGUGUGGUGUGUGAGGCAGACCCGACCACACGACGCAAAAAAGGAAGCCAAACCCACAGCCGCCCGCCUUGAGGAUGUCCGUCUGUGUCGACACACACGCCCACGCCACGCUCUCCCACCCAGCAGACAGACUCAUUAAUUAAGCGGAGCCGAGUGCGCUGCCGCCCAUGAGUAUGAGGUUGGAGAUGCGGUAGGCGGCGCCGCGCAGUGCUAGGUUCUGAAACAGGGCAUACAGCCGGGGGUUCCUCUCCAUCAGCCGACCCAACGCCUGGAUAGCAAGCACACACAGGACAGACACACGUGGAUGGAAUGGAAUGGGUUGGCUGUGGGGGGCCCCCGGGGCGUGUGUGUUUUAGAUAGUCGUGGCAGGGCAGACCUCUUCGGUGAGGACGGCGAGCAGGGACUUGCGCAUGGCCACCAGAUUGGUCUUGCGCCUCUCUCGAGUGAGCAGCCCCACCUCGCCUAUCAUCUGGCCGCUGUGGUAGUAUUCCAGCCACUCACCCCGCCCCACCGAUAUGCGCCUACAAGCACACACACAUCAAAUCAACGCGUAUAACAUUCAACACAAGGCCAUUCCAAUUAAUUUCCACUACCUGUUCCAAAUUGGGUGAUCGAUGACGAUCGGCUCGGGCGCCAUGUUGUGCUCGGACGCUCUCCUGACCACACACACACACACACACACAGACACAAUGCCGGCCGGCAUCCCUGGCGCGUCAGUCAGUUUCACACACACCUGCUAAUGGCGGCGCUGCGUUGGUCGCCGGGGGCGGGUGUGGGGGAGGGGACCAUGGGGGAGCCCCGGGGGGAGGCCAGCGGCACGCUGGACACGGCAAGGCACACCAACAGGUGCUCUGCUGUGCUGUGCUGUGUGGCCUGGUGAGUCAUUCAUGAGUGUGUCUUACUUGACUUCAUAGAGGUCUCUCGGCACGCCCAGCCAGCCCCUCAGCAACACGACGGCACAGUCGGAGGCGUCGCGCUCUCUGCAAGCCAAACCACAUAGAUGCGCACAUCACAUCGACAUGUAGUGCCAAUGAGUCAGUCAUUAAUCGUCCCACACGAACCGCCAUAUGGUUGCGCCAGCCGUGACGCGCCGGGUGACGAAGUAGGAGGCCAGCUCGUGAAUGUCUGACCUGACAAUGACGGCACACACACACCACACACCCCUCUCUCCAUCCAUCCAUCCAUCCGUCCAUCCCGGUGCCCUCUCCCCUUCUACCUCGAGUCGUCGUCACCCUUGACGCGCACCAGAAUGUCUUCCAAGCUCUCCGUGGGCGGUGCAGACGAGGCCCCCGACCUCGGUGUCCCCCCAGAGAUGCCCGCAUCAGGCCCUGGCGGCCGCAGCGUCUUGGUCUCUCUCUGCUGCGCGAUGCCUGUGACAGGCGGCCUCGCACCGUUGUCCCUCUCCUCACCCACACCCACCGCACCAUGGGCGAACUGCACGGACUUGACUUGCGACGCCGUGUCAGGCAGCUCUGCGGCCAUGGCGUUGACCUCUGUGAGGGUCAUCUGCUCGGUGGCGGCCUCCUCGUCCCGCUCGUCAGUGCUGGUCAUCUCCCCGAUCGGCGGGUCCACCCCGUGCAGCAGGUCUUGGGCGAGGUGCUGCUGGCGCAUCAGCUGCCUCUCGAUGGGCUCUGUGACGCCGACGUGGUUGCGGUGCUCUUCCAGCAGCUGCUCCUCACACCACGCAAAGGCUGCGCCGCGUCAUGCAGAGAGACAAAGAGACAGAAAUACAGCCAGCCAUGCUGGGGACGCGACGCGUGUGUCGAUGGGUUCUGGCUGAGCUGAGCUGAGCUGAGCUUACCUGCCGCAACGUCGCUGAAGAACCUGAUGGAAUAAGAUCCGGUGGAGGCUUGGCGCUGCACGUUGUCAGGCUGUGCGGCCUGCGGCCCGAUGGUGGGUGAGGAGCCGGGCAGCUCCGACGUCUGCUGAGUUAUCAUGGGGGAGUAAUACUCUACCUUCAGCCUGACACACACACACAUACAGUCGACACAAACAGACGACCUCUGCCUGUGGGUGGGUGGCUGGCUGAUCUCAGUGUUGUUGGAGUCACCCGGAUCGUUUCCUUGGCGGCCCCGGCGAGGCGAAGUCGACAGGGGGUGUGUGCGAGGCGCGGCUGAGCGACUGGAGGAUCAUGCGGUUGUGGGCCUCGUGAUGGUGGUCGAACAUGUCAGACUCGAACACACGACCCCUCCCUGCCCGGCUCACGAUGCUCUUCGACAUACUGACACACACACACACACACACACCCCAUUGGAGCACAUCCACCCGAUGUGGCCAUCUGUAUCCGUCUCGCCCCCGCACUUACCCGGUGCAGAGGAGUGUGACGUCCUGCAUGUGUGCGAGUUUGGUGAGGCCGUGCAGUUUGUCGACGCCCGUCGAGUCGAUCGAGACCACCCUGGUGAAGUCGAGCAUGAGGUACCGCAGCCCACGACGGUCCUCAAACAGCGCCGUCACGAAACUCAGCAUCUGAAAAGAGAGAGACGAGGAAUGGGCGUCAUCUGCGUGUGGGGGAUGGAUGGGUGUGUGCGCGUGUGCAUGCCUCAUAGCCUCAUACUUGUGUGGCGUUUCCGAAGAAGAGAGCGCCCUGCAGUUUGAUGAUGUAGACGGACUCCUCCAUCAUCUCGUCCAAUACGUCCUGCUCCCACAAGGCGCGCAACUCAGACGACCUAACGAACGACACACAUACAACAAACCACACACACACACAGACAUAGACACACCGACCAUCGAUCCAUCCAUCCAUUCAUCCAUCGCGACCUACCUGAGCCCUUUUGCAGCGAAGGCGGUGUGUAUGGCCUGUAUCCGUGAGCACUGCAGGACGAAGGUGAGGAAGGCCAGCAGCGCCCCCACACCGAUGCCGUCCAUGAACGACCACCCGAUCAUCGUCAGCGAGAUGAUCACCACGGCCGAGUACUCGUAUCUGUCAAGCUCGAAGCGACUGUCGAUGAAGGCCUCCUCUAUCAGCAGCCACCCGACGUGCACCGGGAUCAGCCCUGCCAGGAUCUGCACACCACACACGGGGGAUAGAUGGAUGGCCUGCACGGUUGUUGUGUUGUGUGUGUGUGCACUGUUUACUGGUUCCUCCUCCUACCUUUGGGAAGCAUCUAAGGCUUUGGUUCGGCCCGAUGGCGAUGAAGCCCGACGCAAUGAUGCCCACACACACGCCUGCAGGCAUACCACACCACAGCACACACAGCGCACCACACACACGUCAUCGAUCGACGUGAGCGUUGGAGGGUGGCUCGGCUCGUGUGGGUCCGUUUCGUCCAUUUGUGCGCACCCACCGGCCCAUCGGUCCUUCACGCCGCAUUUGUAGAUGAGGACAGAUGUGCUGUAGGUGAGGUAUGCCUGCAGCGACCCCCCCAGGCCGCACAGCAGGUUCGCCCCGCCAUGGUUGCGCAGCUCCCGAUCGACGCUGGCCUGCUUGUGCAUCGAAGACGCCAAAGCGGGGAUGUUCACUGACACACACACACACAUAGAGUUCUUCGUGUGCAGGUGCGUCUGCGCGUGGACGCACACCCAUACCCGGCACGUGCAGGACAGAGAAGACGACCAGACUGGUGAUGGUGGUGACGUGACGGGAUAUCAUAUCCCAGGCUAUCAGGUCGAGCCGCACCAACCGCCACACGUUGAAGUGCCGCAGCACCCGCUCGCACGUCAGCGCCUGCACGUACUCAAAGAAGGAGGGCGGCAUGAUGGUGUCCAGGUCGGGCUGCGUGGCCGAGGGGUUCGUCAGGUUGGCAGGGGACCGCGGCUCCCCCGCUGAAGGGAUGUUGGGCACAUUAGUGUCGAACAGCCAGCCGGCCUGGCGAGCUUCCUGCAGACAGACAGACAGACAGACAUACAUACAGACAUCCGUUGGGUCGCCGCCAACAGACGUUGUGUCUGUGUUACCUCAGUGCCGAUGCCCGCGAAGUACAGAAUGAAGUAGAAGCCCAUUGGGAUGCACAGGAGGUAGAGCGGCGUGAGGAAGGGCCACUCGAUCUUCCGGUUGAGGGUCAGCAGCAGCACCUCCAGCACAAUCACGCACAACCACCGCUCCAUCGGCCCCCACGCCAGCUGACCCAGCAGAGAGGUCGACUGCCAACUCCACGCCACACCUGCAUUGCAAUCAUUGCAUACACAGACAGACCAGCCAUUGACUUGACGGGAUCCAGCGACCAGGCUUGCAUCGAGCCGCUGACUGACUGACUGACUGACUGACCUGAGGCCACGCCGAUGCCCGCAGUGGCGAUGAAGAGCCCCAUGCCGCCCGUGAUGCCCAACAGCACGUGCUUGGGGAAAUACUGGGUGGUGCUGCCGAGAUGCAGCAGACCCAGGAAGUAAAACGCCACCUGAUCAUGUGUGAGUGAUGAAUCGAGCAGCCAAGACACCCACAGAUCAGAUACGUCUGCAGUGCCUCUUAUGUGUGUGCGCCUUGCUCGCUUCGUUCCUACCGUACCCCGGUAGCCAGUGUGGACAUGACGAAGGCCACGAGUAUGGUGGAGACCACCUGGUCAUCCCUCCCGACGGACUCCAGCGAUAUUGCCAAAGAUGUCGACAAGGCGUGCAGAAACGGCGCAUUCUCGGCUAUCACGCCUGAUGGAACCAAGGGAGGGAGCAAGGAUGGAUGUUGCAGGCCGACCUUUUCUUCUCUGUCUGUCCGUCUGUCCGUCUGUCCAUCUGUCCGUCCGUCCGUCCGUGUGUCUGUCUGUCCGUGUGUCGUGUGCGCACCGCACCGGCCAUUGCGUAAGGGAAUUGCGAGAAGAUGGCAAACGCAAUCUGAGAUAUCACCUGGUGAACACACCAACACACACACACACACAGGUCACUGACUGACUGCAUGUUUCACACGUUCUUUCGUUUCGUCCGUCCGCCGGUCCAUUCAUGGCGUGCCUGCCUACCGUGCUGAGCAUGACCAUGGUGACGCCAGUGGGUGCCAGCUCGGGGUGGUGGUGGGGGAACAGCAGAAACCCAUACGGCACGUUGUCCAGGAUGGCCACGAUGCCCGCAACCAGUAUGCCCGGGAUCUGACAGACAACACAUGCCCAACAAACACAUGUGCCCGCGCAGCGCAUGCAGCAGAGCCCAACGCACAACUGCAUGUAUGCCACUAACUGCAUGCGUCCCUCUCACCCACCUGCCCAGCAGCCCGUCGUAUUCUCCUGAUCCUCCUGCGCCUCUUUCGCGCAUUCACGUCAAUAUCGGGGCACGGUACUGGCCCGGAGGGCGGGGGGAUGUCAUCCAGCGCCUCCUCCUCAACCGAUUCAAGCAGCAGCUGGGUGCUCGCCAUCUUCACUUCAUCAAGGCAUUCUCUCGAUUCCCGAAGGCAGGGCUGCUCUGGAAUGGUC